UAGACAGAGCGUUCCAGGCAGUUGACUCGUGCGCUUAUAGCUCAGCUUCUGGCCGCUGAGGUGAAGGGAGCAGCGCCUCCUUGUCCAGUGCACGGACCCGGAUAAUAAACCCUGCACCGAGCACGGCCUAGAGACCGCGCCUGGUACACGGUGACAGCGAGACAGGCAGCGAACUGGUGUUCAAUACAUACUGCAGAAUAAAGUGCUACAGCGUGCAAUACACGGUGAUACCGGGAGGGGGGCGUGUGGGGACCGUCCCUCUCCCGUGCUGUGCCUAUGUCGGUGUGUGGCGGCCGGCCCUGGUCCGGAGGGGGUGUUCCCCAUCCCCCAGCCGCGGUGGGGGUAGUAGUUCCGUGCCUGCGCAGCGCGCCAUCCCCUCACCGCGCAUGCACACACACCCAGAGCUCGUGCAGGAGGCCCGGAGAGACGCGCACAACCCCCCAAUACCAACAUAACGAUUUUACUGGCACAUUACCACCGCCUAGCCCCGGGCCGCGCACACGGUAAGUCACUGCCUCGAUAAAGCGCUGCGGGUGCGCUCUCAAGCUGGCUGGCUCGCGCCGCGUUUAUGGCGGUUUCUAACAAAGCUCCCGAGAUCUCGAGACACUACUUCACGCCGCAGUCCCGUCUGUAAGGGGAUGGCGGAGUCGCGGGCCCGCGUUGGUUGGAGGUGUAGCUAAGCAAACAUGGCGGCGGGCUCGUGGCUGCGGGUGCCUGUUUUUUUGUCGGUACUGGGUGCGCGUGACUUCCCGUCCCCGCGCGACAUUGGUGGAGGGGGGGCUGACCCGUGGCGCGAGGAUAGCGCACGAACUAGUCUCGCGCUUAUCGAGUCACAGGGCGGCUGGCCGCUCCCCGAGCUGUGCGUGAGCUGCUGCUGCUGCUACUGGGAAUAAUGCCCGGCUGUCAGAGCCUCACCUGGGGGAACCAGGCUGCGAAACACAAUGAGCUAUUUACCACAACAGGCAUGCUGUAUGGAGACUAUUUCCAUUUCAGCACUUGUGACCUGCAGUUCCUCGAUCUCCCUUUAUUUUAUUUUGAUAGGGCAGCGUAUUAUUCACAGAGCUGCGAACUGUAUUCACAAUGGAGCUUGUGCAUUACAUAGGUGGAUUUCAUUUGAUGAAAAUUAUCUGAUUAUAAUAGGAUUUGCAUGUCUCACAUUUAUUAACUGCAACUCCUGCUACAAUUUGGGCAUUUCACCAGCAUAAGCACAAGUCAGCCAUUAGUUUUCUGGUUUAAAGUAAGUAAUUAGUUGGGAUUUGGGUACUGUAUAAAAGGGAGAGUAUAGUACAGCGCUACGGAAGCUGAUGGUGCUAUAUAAAUAAUAUAAUAAUAAUAAUAAUAAUCUAGUGCUAGAAAAAACAAGUUGGCCCUCUUCGCUGGUUCAGGCUCAGCCUCUGCUCCUUGCAACCUAAUGCGCAUGCGCGGCAAUUGCUGCGCUCAUAUUAGGACUUUUCCCAUAUGGACUUUUGGGUGAUGUUGGAUGUCCUCAUGCAGGGGUUUAAACCCUUUCAGACACUUACGUGACUGCAGCGCUGGGUCUGGCUCCUCCCACGCGCGUGGCAAUGGCCGCGCGUGCUUUAGACCUCUCCAUAGGAAAGCAUUAUUUAAUGCUUUCCUAUGGGGAUUACAGCAAUGCUGGAGGUCCUCAUACGUGAGGACGUCCAGCGUCGUUUAAAACACUUAAAGUGUUCUAAGAAGCCAGAAGUCCCUCUAGUGGCUGCCUGAUAGACAUCCACUAGAGGAGGACUUAACCCUGCAAGGUAAUUAUGGCAGUUUAUAAAAACUGCAAUAAUUACACUUGCAGGGUUAAGGGUGAUGGGAGUUGGCACCCAGACCACUCCAAUGGGCAGAAGUGGUCUGGGUUCCUGGAGUGUCCCUUUAAGGGAACUGUGAGACUGCACGCAGACAGCUUCAAUGAGCUUAAGAGUUCUGGGUGCCUAUAGUGUCCCAGUGUCCUUUUAUAUAAAGCAUUUACAUACUUAUGAAACACCAAAAUGAAUAUAUUCUUCUGCUGGAGCCUGGAUAGUUAGGUGAAAUUAUUGAUAUCUACACAAAUUGUCCUUUAGCAGUGAUUUAAAAGACUGUAAUUGUUAUGGCGCACCCCCUAAGUAAUCAAAUUAACAGUUUGACAAUUAACUGGGCACCUGUUCCUUUGCAGCAGAGCUUCGCUCGCCCAUGCCACUGCAGUUUUUCGUGGUCAUUGUGCUUGAAAAUGCCUUGUGGUAUUUUUACUUUUGCCCUGGAAGGGGCAGGGAAAGGUGACAUUUAAUUACCUAAACUGCCCCUCACAAACGCUGCCAUCUUUUUCCUACCAGUCCUCUUCUGCUCCAGGCACUUAAGUACCAGGAGCCUACAUCACUGCUGUACAACCUUUCUUAAUUUCUCACAUUUUUAUUUUUUUUAUAUUAAAUUAUGUUUCAUAGCUACAUAUUUCAUGUUAAAUGAAAGCCCUGUUUUUCCUGAAUAAAAUGAUAUAUAAUAUGUGUGGGUGUACUUAAUAUGAAUGAGGGUCAUAACCGUUGAACAAACAGUGCAAAUUUACAUUUUGUUUUGAUCACAACUUGUACAAUUGGCUCAGUCCUUAAGGGGUUAAUUAUGUAUCAGGAUAAUUUCUAUUCAUCUAACAAGUUAAGCUUCUCUUUAGUAUUUGUAGAAACAUAAAAAUAUAAGAUUAAUGAUAUCUAACAAUGAUAGCUAUUUCACAUUGACAUAUGUGGGCUUAAAAGUAGGCAAUACGGACACCACACAAACGUGAAUAUUUAUAUAGUCACUAUAAGCAGAUGUGCCCUACAAUUCUUUAUGUAAGAAAAAGGGCAAGAAGAAAUAUUAAAAUAUUGCACUCUUUCAUUACCAUAUGGCGCUUCAUAUCCAAUGUAAAUAUUCAAUACACCUACCUACAGGAUUGUAAAUUUAAUCUAUUCUCCCCCCCCCCCCGUUUCCCUAAUUCUAUCUUUUUUAUAUAUGUAUAUAUAUGUUACAGUUAAAGUGAGAAAUCAGUUAAUGUGCACAUUACCUAGUUAAUCUGCAGAUUAACUGAUUUGCUCAGUUAAAGUGCGGAAUCUAGAGUUUUCCGCACUUUACCUAGGUAAUGUGCACAUUAACUGCUUCCGUCUAGUUAAAGUGCAAAAUGUUUGUUUCUUUCCCUCUGUAAAAGAGGAAAUUAUUUAUUACAAAAACGUCCUUGCAGAACCUGUUUCACCCUUUCAGUGCAGUCUCUGCAGAGUCGAUCACUUCUUGUCUGAAGGCAGAAAGAGUCUGUGUGAACCUGUCUCGAUUCUUUUUGUGAGCAAGUUCCUUUCAAUGCCCACCACCAUCAAAUUCUCAUAGCAUAGACGCAUGGCUUGUUGCUUCUCAGAGGGGGCUGGCUACAAACAAUGCUGCUCCGUAAGUCCGAGAAAUACUUCUCUCAUUGAGGAGAAUGAGACCAAGGAGAGGUCUGGUCAUGGACCACUGAUUCCGACAGUCUUCAAAUAUAUGGUGAUAUAGAGUAGUGGAGAGCAUCUGCCCGCCCCCUCUCCUCGGCUGACAGGCAGGAGAGAGAAGGCGCGCACACAGUGCCUUCUUUCUCCUGCACACGUCAGGCGUAUUUUAAUACGUCUGACGUGUACAAGGCCUUUUUAGGGCCCUACAUGAUAGGAAGUCCCUCUGGUGGCCGUCUAAGUGACGGCCACUGGAGGUAUUCCUAUCAAUCAAUGUAAACACUGUAUUUUCUCUGAAAAUACAGUGUUUACAUUAGAUUGCCUGCAGGGAGCUAUAGAUCUCACCUGAACAACUACAUUAAGCUGUAGUUGUUCAGGUGACUAUAGUGUCCCUUUAAAUGGCUCUCCAUCUGUAGUUUUUUAUAAUAGUUUGGCAGAGGACCAACAUAAUAAGUAUGGCUCACAGAUUCCUAUUCUAUGUAUUUCAGUGUUAAACCAGCCAAGAUUAGUCUCCUUCCUUCUCCUCCAUGCUAUCAUAUGGAGGAGUUGGAAUGAUUCAUGAUAACAAUAUAAAUCUGGAUAUCCCAAGCCGUCCUAUAAUGUACUUCUCUUAAGGACUGUACUUGGGAUCCUAGGUUUUUUAGAUGCCGAUACAAAGUUAGAAAAUGCCAAAUAUAAUUUCUUUAGAAUAGAGUUUGAGACAUGGUAUGGUAUAGCUCUAAACAAGUAAAGAAGACAUUUAUAAUCUCUUCCAUUGAGUCAACAAUAUAUUAACCCCUUAAGGACUGGACUGUUUUUGCGAUGUUGUACAUUUGCGACCAGGCAUAUUUUUACACUUUUGUGGUGUUUGUGUUUGGCUGUAAUUUUCCGCUUUCUCAUUUACUGUUCCCAUACAAAUUAUAUAUUGUUUUUUUCAGGACAAAAGGGGCUUUCUUUACAUACCAUUAUUUAUAUAAUCUCAUGUAUUUUAAUUUAAAAAAAAUACAAAAAUCUGAUGAAAAAUUGAAAAAAUACAUGUUUUUUGACUUUUACUUGAAAAAUCUUUUACUCAUCUACAAAAGCGAAUGAAAAAAACUGCUAAAUAGAUUCAAAAUUUUGUCCUGAGUUUAAAAAUACCUAGUGUUUACGUGCUUUUUUGCUUUUUUUUGCAUGUUAUAGGGCUAUAGGUACAAGUAGGAUAUUGCGGUUUCAAAACAUACAUUUUAAAAAUUUAUCAAUAGUGACAUUGUAACACUAUUAUCUGUCAUAAAUCUCUGAAUAACACCCCACAUGUACAUAUUUUUUUUAAAGUAGACAACCCAGGGUAUUCAAUAUGGGGUAUGUCCAGUCUUUUUUAGUAGCCACUUAGUCGAAAACACUGGCCAAAGUAAGCAUUCAUAUUUGUUUGUGUGUGAAAAAAGUAAAAAAACUAAAUUGAACGCUAAUUUUGGCCAGUGUUUGUGACCAAGUGGUUACUAAAAAAGACUGGACAUACCCCAUUUGCAAUACCUUGGGUUGUCUUCUUUUGCAAAUGGUAUGCCAUCAUGGGGGUAAUUCUCAUUCCUGGGCUACCAUACGCUCUCAAAGGCAACGUAACCAACCUGGCCAUUUUCAAUGUAAAAAUAUUUGACCCAUAUAUUUGACCUUGUAACUUUCAAAAAUGCUAUAAAACCUGUACAUGGGGGGUACUGUUUUACUCGGGAGACAUCGCUGAACACAAAUAUUAGUGUUUAAAAACUGGAAAACGUAUCACAACAAUUAUAUCAUCAGUAAAAGUGCUGUUUGUGUGUGAAAAAUGCAAAAAAAGUAACUUUCACUGACAAUAUCAUCGCUGUGAUAUGUUUUACUGUUUUGAAUCAAUAAUAUUUGUGUUCAGCGAAGUCUCCCGAGUAAAACAGUACCCCCCAUGUACAGGUUUUAGGGUGUCGUAGAACGUUACAGGGUAAAAUACAGUGCUAGCAAAUUAAAUUCUCUGGAAUUUCGGCCUGGGUUGGCAGGCAGGUCCCUCAAAUUGCAAUCAAUAAAAUUACUGAAUUAUGUAAAAAUAUUACAUAAAUACGCACGUAGAAUUUAAAUAUAUAUGCAUAUUUAUAUAUUUGAAGUCUACGUGUAUAUUUAUAUAAUUAUUUAUGUAAUUUUGUAUAUGGACGUAUGUAUAUUUCUUAUUAUUUUUAUUUAUUUUUAUAUACAUAGAUAUAUAUACAAAUUCAUUCUAAGUGUAUUUUGAUAUAAAUAUAUAUAUAUUAAUUUUAAAAUACAGUUAGAAUAAAAUUUCAUAUAGCUAUAUAAUUUUUUAAAUUUUUAUUUAAUUUAAAUUACUUAUUAUUUAUAUUUUAUAAUAAUAUAUAUAUAUACAAUAUAUAUAGUUAUUAUAUAUAUUAUAUAUAUACGUGUGUAAUUUAAUUAUAAGUGUAUUUUUAUAUUAAUAUUAGUACAUAUUAAUAUAAAAAUACACUUAGUAUGGCAUUAUAUAUAUAUGAUAUAUAGACAUAUAUUAUAUAGAUAUAAUAUAUGUCUAUAUAUCAUAUAUACACAUAUAUAAUUAUUUAUUUAUUUUUUAUUAACAUUAACUUUAUUUUAUUUUCUGAUUUUACACUAGCAGGGAGACUGCCUGUCAGCACAGGCAGUCCCCCUGCAGGCAGACACAUGGACACCUAUUGUGACCAUGUGAUCGCUGUGUUAAGCGAUCACAUGGCCACAGGGGUCCUAAUUCAGUGUGGGGAGACUGUCUGGGCUGCAAGCAGUCUCCCCACAACCGGAGCCACGCUGAUCGCCGCCGGGGGAACGACGGCGAUCAGGUAAGUAACGGAAACCGUUAGGACGGUUCAGGACCGUCAUCGGUCCGCAAUGGGAAAAUCCCGAUGACGGUCCUGAACCGUCCUGGGUCGGGAAGGGGUUAAGUUCCCCCCACAUGGUUUCAUAAUGCGUUGUAACAGUUUCCAGUAUUUUAGGUCUCAUCUUAAUUCCUAAAUAGUCUAUAGAUUUUUAAUGUAUAUCAAAAAGGUCAGCUAUGUCCUUGCUCAGUUGUAGAGUCAUAUAAAUUUGAGUUUUUGAAAGAUUUAAUUUAUAAUUUUGGAUUUUGAAUGAAUUAGAGUCAAUGUAAGGACCCCUAAUUUUCGCCAUUAAGUUUAUAUAUAGAGCCUUUACUUGCUCCAAGAAUAUGCCAUCUAUGCCAAGCACCCACAUGGUCUCCUGCAUGAACCUCCAAUUUACUUGAUCAAAAGCUUUUUCGGCAUCGAGAACCAUUAAAAUGGAAGGGGUUUGUUUAAGAGGCAUUUCCUCUAAAAUAGUGAAAGAUUAUAUAAAAGAAAUAUAAAAGAUUCUGCGGGUGUUUUCUUCUCCUCAUCUACCCGGCAUAAAUCCUGGUCUGGAUCAAUACAUUCAUGGAUCAUUCGAUUAAGUCUCUGAGCUACGCUCUUAAUAUCUAAAUUGAUAAGGGAAAUAGGCCUAUAGUUGGUGACUAAUGUCGUAACUACCCCUGGUUUUAGGACAGGAGAAAUACUGGGCUCCAUCAUUUCUAGAGGGAAACCACUAUUUCCCCUAAUUGAGUUAAACAUUCUACUUAGAAGUGGAUUAAUUACUGGAUCGAAAAUUUGAAAAAAUAGAGCUGUGAGCUGUGGAGCCUUGCCUCUUUUAAUUUCCUUUAUUGCUGAUGAUAUUUCUGAUGUUGUAAAAGGAUGAUUCAAAUUCUCAAAUUUUUCUAGAGAUAGGAAAGGGAGAUGCAGGUCAUUUUGAAAUGAUUUCAGCUCAACAUUUUUGGCCACGGAAUCCGGUAGAUUUUAAAGUGAUCUAUAAUAUUGGCUAAAUGCCUUUACUAUCUGUGCUGGCGAAAUACAAAUAUUAUCAUCAAAUAUUAUUUGUUUUAUUCUGGGCUGCUGAUUAUAUAUUUUUAGUUUCCUGGUCAGUUCUUUUCCAGGCCCAUUGUUAUUAUAGUACCAGUAUCAUUUUAGGCACGAUAGUGAUUUCUCUGCAUUUUCUUGUAAUUUUUCUGUUAUUUUACUCUGGAUGGUUUCUAUCUGCAAAUUUCUUUGUGGGGAUAACUUUAUUCUGUCUUUCUAGUUUUGCCAGAGAAAUAUAUAAUUCAGUGAUAUCUCUACAUUCUUUUCUCUUCAUCCAGGAUCCCUUUUUUUAUCAAAUAUCCUCUUAAAAAGCAGUUCAAGGUGCACCAUAAUGUACUAUCUUGAACUUCCCCAUUAUCAUUAAACUCUAGAAAAUCAUUGGCCUGUUUAAUCAGCUCUUGUUUACUCUCUUCUUAUUUUAAUAUAAAUUUUAUUCAUUUUCCAUUUAGAGCGAGAACCAUAUUAAUUAUUGCAUUCAAGAUUUAAAAACGUUGGUACGUGAUCUGACCAUGUGAUGUUUCCUAUCCUGAAGUUGUUAGUCAUCUCCAAGGUAGAACCCAACAUCAGAAAAAAGUCAAUUUGUGAAUAUGAACCGUGGGGGGAUGAGUAGAAAGCAUAAUCUCUUUCCUCUGGAUGAUGAACCCUCCAUACAUCAUAACCUAAUUCUAUCUUUCAAUGGGUCCUCUGUUAUACUAACAUGGCAACACCCUUAACCUUAACUCUAAGCUUGGCCUUGAUGAAAUAUUUUGAUGUAAUUUAAUGUUUUUAAAUAAACUUUUUUUAAAUAAUAAAAAAAACUUCAGUUUUUAUAGAAACUUGGGUUUAUUUUGAAAAGUACAGUAUAAAAAAAUGUCGCCUAACUGACAAUGGACGUCCUCACACUGCUAGGGCUUCAGAGUAAGCAAAAGAGCAAAUUUCUUUUAAGGAAACGCCUUUUCAUAUAACCAAUGUUUCAGUCCAACUACCUUGACAUAUUAAGAAAUGUUUGGUAAUGGGACUAAAAUGGUGAAUGUAUGCUGUUACACAGCUGUAAAAAACAAAUGACGGUAUCGUGUUGAUUUUGAGGUUCUAUGAGUGUUCUUCACUUUGGCUGAGAUCAUCAGACUUGAUGAUCUCUGCCAAUCCAAAGCUUUUCUACAGGAAAGCAUUGGAAAGCUAUUGUGAAUGUGUGGCAAAACUCUGUGCGGCCAAUCAGCGUCUCCGUGGGGAGCGUUCAGCGCCUCCAUGCAGACCCAAUCUUAUACACUGCCCCCUCCACCCAUUUUAGUACACUGCUCCCAAAUCCAAUAAACUGCCCACAAAUCUAAUACACUGCCCAUCUUCCCUCCCUCCACUCAUACACUGCUCUGUCCCCCGACUCUAAAAUACUGCCGUCCCAUCUAUUACACUGGCCCCCCAAUCUAAUACACUGCCACCCUCUAAUACACAGCCUCCUGCAGCCCUGUCCCCUUCUCUAAUACACUUCCCCCCUCCCUCCACUCUAAUACACUGUUCUCUCCCCCAAUCUAAUAACUGCCCCUUAAUCUAAUACACUGCCCCCCUCCACUCUAAUUGCAUACACCGCCCCCACUCCUAACACUAAUUUUAUACACUGCCCUCCCUUACCCAAUUUAACACAUUGCCACCCCUCCCACCACUCUAAUACACCGCCCCCUAAUUUAACACACUGCCCCCCCUCCCACCACUCUAAUACACUGCCAACAUCCCUUCCACCAAUUAAUACACUACCCACUCCCUCCCCAAUAUAACACACUACACAGUAAGGUCUCUCAAUGCCCUACCUUAAGAUGGGCCUCCUGUCCUCCAGUUUCAGCCCUGCUCUUCUCUGCUCACGCAGGCCAGACACUCCUCUGGCACUACGAGCACGAGGGAAGGAGUGGCUGGCCUACUCUGCAGACAGACUCACUGCUGUGCAGCCGGCGGAUAUGACUUUACACACUGCGCAUAUUUGGCGGCCGGUGUGGGUUAAUGCUUAGCACUCUUGAGGCCACUGGAGCAUGUGAUUUGCUGUGGCAAGGCAGACAGGAAAGAACUUUCAUGCCCUGCAGCUGGUCACAGCCACAGCACAAACCUGUCCCAGGGCAGGAGGGCCGCAUAAAUAGUCAUUGUGGGCCGCAAAUUUGACAUGCUUGCACUAGAGGAACUUCCGGCUCGUUAAACGACUUUUGGUUGCUUGACGCUGGAUAUCCUCAUACUAUGCUUGAGUAUUUUCAGCGUCACCAGAAUUCCUAUAGGAAAGCAUUGAAUUCUUUCCUAUGGGUAAAUCCUGGAGCAAGCACAGUGAUUGCCGUGCAUGCGUAUUAUGUCCCCACUGGCUGACGUCAGCGUGGGAGGAGAGAAGGCUGGACCCAAGUAAGUGACAGAAGGGGUUUUUAAUCCCUUCUGCACCACGGGGCUGGGCUUGACAGAGGGGGAAGCUAUAGUGCCAGGAAGAAGAGUUAGUUUCCCAUUAAGCAGCUGCUCAAUAGUUACAAUAACUCCAUAACUCCGGGCCGCGCUAUAGUGUAAUAGCAGUGUACUAAACGCUCCCCUUGUGUAGCUGCAAAUUAAUUCACAAGUCUACAGACAUUGAAUCCCUAAACAAAAUCUGGAUCAGUAUAUCCUGCUUAUUGCAGUGUAGGGGCACUAAUAUCUAACAUGCACAAUAGAAUUGGUUUAUAUGGCGAAUUGGUUUAUAAACCAAAAAUAUAUAAACACAUAGCAUGUAAAUUAGAAACAUGUAUAUACCUAUAUAUCACCAUAACUACCACCAAAACUAAAAUAAAUGUACUGUAAAUAUGUAUAAAAUGUAAAAAUAAAAGUAGCUAAGCAAAAUAUAGAUCCUGUGUGGAGAAGUGCGCAUCCAUCAAGACUCUUUUCCAAGUUUGCGGAUCUGCACAGAUACAACCAUCACUCUCAUUCGUAAUACAGAACAAUCAACCCCUAUAAAACCGUGUUUUUGAAUUACUUAAUAUUAAGAGACAAUACAUUGAGAUAAUACAUUGUUAAACACCGAUCUGCACACCCAUCAAGCCAUAAGUCUUGCUUUUCCCACAUAAAUCUCAAAUUUGCAGCUAUGUUACAACUGCAAGGAAUCCUGGGUGGACAUAUGCAAGUUAGUUCAACAAAGAAUCACAUUUUUAACGCCAAACCUCACUAGCGAGCCAACCUCAUGCUGAUAAGUUGCAUUAACAACGAAACAGCUGUCCACGAGUGGUUCACUGGCUUUGCAUCUCUUCCUGAGUUAGGUUUCAAAGCUGUUGUAUACAGCAAACAUAAACUUCAAGGAAUUUAUGUUUAAAAUGGAAUAAUGAGGAAAAAAAGUGAUUCUUUAUUGGCUAAUUUGCAUAUGCCCACCCAGAACCCCUUGCAGUAGUAACAUCACUGCAUAUUUGAGAUUUCUGUGGGAAAAGCAAGUCUUAUGACUUGACUGGUGUGCAGCUCUGUGUUAAGCAAUGUUUUGACUAUUUGACUGUUUUGAGGUUUUAAAUCACUUUUUUCCCCCACCAUAACUUUCUUGGUAUAUAAAUAUCUGUGCAGAAACGCAAUCUCUAGAAAGCCAUCUAAGGGUAACCAAAAGAUUAAUGUAGAUAACAAUAACAAGGAGAGCUUCACAUCAAUUUUAUAUAAAUAGAUCUGUGCACACAUUAGACAUUAUCAUGAUGUUACAAUACCAUUGAUAACAUGAUUAAAUGUCUAAAAUACUCUUAACGGAUCUUUUAUCAAUGCACACUGUUGCAACACAAACAGGUGGUAUUGUAUUCAACAUGCUGAAAUAAAAAAUAAAAAAAGAGGCUGCAUGUAGAAUCUGAUACAGAUGGGAGAUAUCCCACUCAACAUGUAAACUUAGUACAGUGCAAUAAUGGCAGUAACAUUAAGUAUUCACGAACGCUGUUUUUAAGGAUUGGGUGAGUGUGAUUGUUGUAUCUGUGCAGAUCCGCAAACUUGAUGGAUGUGCACUUCUGUAUACAUGAUCUAUUUUGUGGAUCACUACUUUUGUUUUACAUUUUGUGCAUAUUUCAGUUAAUUUUAUUUUAUUUUUGGUGGUAGUUAUGAUGAUAUGAAUGUGUGUGUGUGUAUGUAUAAAUAAAUAUAUAAUGUUUCUGAUUUACAUGUAUUAUUUAUUACACUGCUAUGUGUGGGGUUUUAAUUUUUCAUGAAUAAAGAAUGGACUUUUUGAUUGCCUACAUUUUACAUUUUAGUAAUAACUCUGUCCCUUUAAAGGAUCUCUGGUUCACAUUCUUCAUAUUACCGUAUAAGUCUGUUUUUAAGGAGCCUCUUCUAUUUAUUUCAGGUGCUUGAAUUUGUGACUUGCCGAUCUCGAUAAGGACAUCCACUCUUUUGUUCAUGGUAUGUUUUAACUGGAAAUAAAUAUUUGUUGUAAUUGUGCACUUUUGAAACUAAAUUGUGUAAUUUUUGCAGAAAGAAAAUGAAAAUUUAAUUAUUUGUUUCUUCUUUUCAGGAGUUUUUCAUAAGUAUGUCUGAAACGCUCAAAUAUAAUGAUGACGAUCAUAAAACGAUAUUUUUAAAAACACUAAAUGAGCAACGCCUGGAAGGAGAAUUUUGUGAUAUAGCCAUUGUGGUUGAAGAUGUAAAAUUUCGGGCUCACAGGUGUGUGCUUGCAGCAUGCAGUACCUACUUCAAAAAACUUUUCAAGAAACUGGAAGUUGACAGUUCUUCUGUAAUUGAAAUAGAUUUCCUGCGAUCAGACAUAUUUGAGGAGGUUCUCAAUUAUAUGUACACUGCAAAGAUUGCAGUCAAGAAAGAGGAUGUGAACUUGAUGAUGUCCUCAGGUCAAAUACUGGGAAUUAGGUUUUUGGAUAAGCUGUGCUCUCAAAAGCGUGAUGUUUCUACCACAGAUGAAAAUCCUUCUUCUCCUAAAAAUAAAUAUGCCUAUGAGACCAGUUUAAAAAUUAGUCGUCCUGUUGGUGGUGCCAAUGACAAUCAAGAUGAUGAAGUGGAGGAAAUUGGUGAUCAAGAUGAUAGUCCUUCGGAUGAUACAGUAGAAGGAACUCCACAGACGCAUGAGGAGAAGUCACCCACUGCUACACUGCGAGUACAAGAGGCAAUUCUUAAAGAGCUAGGAAGUGAAGAAGUUCGAAAAGUAAAUUGCUAUGGUCAAGAGGUUGAGGCAAUGGAGACAACAGAGCCAAAGGAAUUGGGAUCUCAAACCCCUCAAGCCUUAACAUACAAUGACAGCAUUAGUGAAGUAAAAGAUGAACAGGCACCAGCAUGGACCACUGCGACGGGGGAUAUGAAAUUUGAGUAUUUAUUAUAUGGCCAUCGUGAACAAUUUGCUUGUCAAGCUUGUGGCAAAACAUUUACAGAUGAAGCACGACUUAGAAAGCAUGAAAAGUUGCACACAGCCGACAGACCAUUUGUCUGUGAAAUGUGCACGAAAGCUUUUACUACACAAGCUCACCUGAAAGAGCAUUUGAAGAUUCACACAGGAUACAAGCCAUAUAGCUGUGAGGUGUGUACUAAAUCUUUCAUCCGAGCACCAGAUUUGAAAAAACAUGAGCGGGUACAUAGCAAUGAGAGGCCAUUUGCCUGUCACCUGUGUGACAAAGCAUUCAAACACAAAUCUCAUCUGAAAGAUCAUGAGAGGAGACACCGAGGGGAAAAACCAUUCAUUUGUGCUUCCUGUACUAAGGCAUUUGCAAAGGCUUCUGACCUUAAACGUCAUGAAAACAAUAUGCAUAGUGAGCAACGCAAGCAAGUCACUACUAGUGCCAUACAGAGUGAGACAGAACAAUUACAGGCAGCAGCUAUGGCAGCUGAAGCAGAACAACAGCUCGAAACAAUUGCCUGUAGUUAGAUUGGGAAAACAAAACAAAAAAGUCCAAUAUGUAGCAUAAUGUGUGUGCGUGUUAAUAAGCUCCACUCUGCACUUGUAUGAUCUAAAACUGCUUCUACUAAUAUUCUUAUUUAUACAUGCAGCAGAUAGAAAUAAUAAAAAAAAAAAAAUUAUGUUUUAGAAAACUGUACAGAUUUCAAGUGGCUUUGGAAAUUUGAGUUAUUAAUGUAAUGCAUAUGAAUUUGCUUUAUAACCAUCAAAAACAAGCUAUUGGGGAUUGUAUUGCUGCUGUUAACUGCAAAAAUCUGAUUGGAUUUUCUUUUCUCUUAUACUAGUUACAUUUUGUGUAGAACAAAUAAUAUCACCACAUUUUUUUAAUAUUUGCUGUAAAUCUGCAGUAUGUGUAGCUACACAGUGCAAGUAUAUGACUUUAUAAAUGUGUGAGACACAUCAAUUCUCUUUUUACUAAUACUGUCUAGAUGGGUACAUGUGUAUAUACAUAUAUCUAUUUAGUUUCCAGUGUGUGUAUAUGUGUUUGUUUUUGUACUUUACAUAUGCACACACCUACGUAUGUGUCUGUGCACUUUUUAUUUAAACCUUGAAAAAGCCUUACUUAUCUAAAAUGAAUUCUCCACCCCAUAUAUUACUCAUGGUUUCAAUUUGUAUAAAGAUCUCAUAUCAGAACUUUUUGAUCAAUAAUCUGUAUUAAAUCAAUAGCUUUUUUUUUUUAAAUAUAAGUAAUUACCGGCUCUCUUAUCUUGUUCUCACCUAAUGUACAGUGUAAUAAACAAAGUAAUUAAAGUUAUUGUAGAAUUUUCAUGUCAAAGCAUACUAGUACAAUAUAGAAUAUACAGAUUUGUUUAUCUUCCAUGGUAGAGCAAUGCAGAUAUGUAUACACCUGUAUGUACAAAAUAUCUAUAGAGGAAGUUUGCUUUUAUUUUACAUUAUAGACUUUGGUAUAGCCUGAUGAUUUAUACAUUUUAUAAUAAAAGUCAGGAUUUAGUUUUUUUGGUUAUUCAGUAAGUAGAUUUUAUAAUAGUACUUAAAUCAUGAUGUUCUUUUCAAACAUUAAAUGCAUGUAUACACUGCAAACACGAAAUACAGUUUUACAUUGGUCAUUGGGAACCCAUUCAGGAAACACAUUCUCUUUUUUCUCUUUGCUUAGCUUUUACUGGACCCAUUUUUGCAGUGGAGGUAGGGCUAACUGAAUUUUAUAAAACAUAAAAUGUAUUUUGUGAUUCAGAAUAUAAUUAAAUGAACAGUG